CUCAAGAUGACUCUUCAGGUGAUGACAUCCAGGUUGAUGUUGGUGAGGUGCCGGUGUUGCAGCUCCCUAGAGCUAAUGUUGGUGCAGCUCGUGUCGGUCAGGUGCGAAGACGACAUCAAGUUCAAGGUGGGCCUGCUCAAAAUCGCUCCAAAAUGACCAAACUUGAACAGUCAAUGGACAUCUUUAUGCGCGAUUUCAGGGAGAUGGAUGCUGAAUCGGAACGGAGACACAGGGCAGAACAAAGACGAACAACACAAGAGCUGUUUGCAUUUGAAGAACAACAGACACAGAUUGAGAUUGAAGCAAGGAGAGAGGAGGCGGAGAAAACAAGAGUUGCGAGCAGAGAGAAUACACAGAUGUUGGCUGACACACUACGUCAAGUGAUCCAACCUAACCAACCCACAUUCAACCAGAUCGCUACCCCGCAACAGUACCAGCAACCCCCCAUAUACUUUAUAUCUGAUGACUUGCGUCUCGUUACAUGGGAGGCCAUGUUGACUAUCGAGUAUCGGCUUUAG